AAUAAAUUUGCUUUCAGUCGUCAAACAAAUUUUCAGGUGCACUCAAAGUUCAAUCAAAUUCACCAACUCGGCUAAAAUCCAGUCAAGCUGAAGACAUAGUGAGGUGAGCACAACUUCAUCCAUUUAAUUUACUUUGUCAUAGAGCCACUAGUAGUCCGAUGGACUGAUUAGAAAUGUAAUACUUAAACCAAAAGUCGAGACGAAAGGUAGAAAUUGUUGUCCAGUGGAAAUAAGAGCAUCCUUGGAUAUAAUUAAUCUAGAUUAAAACUGAGGCGGUGAGCGAUGAGGGAUUCCGGGAACAAUUCAAUUUUAAAACAAAGGUGAUGUAGUUUAUAUUGGAAGCCCUCUGGUCGUCUGUGUUCACACAAUGUUACUACAUAAUUAUUAGUCAGUUCAAAGUGAUUGGAAGUAAUGCGCGAUCAAGAAAGAUAACCCAUGAUAAGGAGAUCCAUCGGGUUUCCUCGGCAAUCGCCUCUACUAAUAAUGCCUGGAUGAUCACUCAAUUAGUUAGUGUUUCACUGUUGCUUUUGUUGUAGUGUUCUGAUUGACGCCAGGAAAGCAGUGUUCAGCAUUUUAUUUUUGCGUCUCAUUUCUAAAAAUUCAUUUGGACAUGAAGGAGAUGUCCACGGUAGAAAUAUUGAAGAUUUGGAAAGAUGGCGUGACUUUUAUGGAGAAGGGCAACUACGAAGAGGCACUAAAAAACUUUAUGGCUCUAGAAGGAAGGACUGAUUCUUCACAGCAACUGAUCACUUCGGGCAGAAAUCUGUUUAACAUUGGACAAAUGUAUCUGGCCCUUGGAAGAAUGGAAAUGGCCGCACAGGUGUGACACAUUACCGGAGUGUGCAUGUUUCUUUUGUUAAGUAGAUGAUCUAACAAUGAUUAUUAUGAUCUACUCCAUUUCUAUAAGGCAUUUGAAGAGUCAAUAGCAAAAGACCCAAUGAUGGCGAUCGCCCAUUAUACCUUGGGAAGCGUCAAUUUGGCUUUAGAUAGGUGAGGAAGAUUUGAAGUUUGCUGCCAUAUAAUGUUGAACUUGGUUACUUGUCAACCUUAUAAAGAAUCUAAGCAAGAUUAUUGUGCUGUUUCAAAUAAAAAAUGAAAGCAAAACUCUUUCAUCUACAACGGUAAAAUUUGAUGUAAAAUACAAGGUAACUUGCCUCAGAUAAUCAAAAUGAUAACCUUAUUAUCGAAUGUAAGUGGUCAUCACCUGCCCGAAUUGAGCGCCAGUAGGACAUAUCAUGCGUUGUAUAUGGUCACUGAGCAUUUCGCCACUUUAACAAUUGUUCUUGUUUUUUUUUUCUUCUUUCAAGUGGAAACUUCUAAGUUAUGGCUAGUUUUUUUUCUCAGAUUUUGUCAUAGUUUUGACUGAUUGGUAAUAGGACUUCGUCAAAUUUUGCCUGUAAUCAUUCUCGUGAUUAACAAUCGGACUCCUGCUUCGCGGUCGUCCGAUUUCGUUGAUUACCGAUCCAACUGUACUCGACUCAGACUUAUUACCAUUAUUUGUAUUGCAAUUCAACCAUUUUUUUUCAUUGCUUCAGAAAUGAAAGAGCCUUAAAGAACUUUAGUGACGCUGCUUUAUUUCUUCGUGGAAACAAAUUGAUAAAGUAUGAUCAAUUAGGCUUGAAGGUUAACCUUUACUUAUGUGAGGUAGGCUUUCAAUUUUAUUUUUGUUGUUAUUAUUAUUAUUAUUAUUUCUCAUUGCUGAACCUGUCCUAACUGACAAAAACGUGACACACUCGUCAUCUUUCGUUUUCCUCCACACAAUUCUCGGGUACUCGUGUUCAUUCAGUCUAAUGUGUGUGUUUUAUACCUGUUCAAAUUACCUAGAACAUCUCUCCAGUUUACAAAUAGUGUUUUUGUUUUGGGUGUGUAGGUUCUAGCUAACAGGGCCGUUGCUCAGUCCAGAUUAAAGAAUGCCGAAGAAGCCAAGAAUGAUUUUUUGAUGGCCUUACAAUUCAAGAUGGAGCCACGACAAAGCGUCAUUCAGGACCUUCUUCUUUGCUGGCAGGUUAGCGAGACAUGUAUAUUUCAGUGACAAGAAAUGAAAGUUACAUCUGACAGCUUUUAGUUAAUGUGACCGCAAUCUUGGUAAAACAUAAUAGUAUAAAGUAACAUAUCAACAGUAUAAAUUCUCAUAUGACCAACCAAUCAUCUUUUCAACCAACCACCAAAGAAUUUAACCAAUCUUCUCAAAGAGAAAAACCAGUAAUUCCUACUGGUAAAGAACUUAAUCUUUCAACAAAUCAAAUAAAUUACUGGGAAAAGGAGAGAAUAACUAUGCCACACGCAAAAUAUUAACCAUAAAAAAUUUGAAAACCAACUGAUCAUGCUUUCCCGACUGAAUGGCGUCGGGACGAAUCAGGUUAAUCAGAACUUCUAGCAGAAUGACUGACUCACCUGGCAAGAGCUGCCAAACACCAUAUAGCUGAUCCCAAAAUUCACGGAGAUGUUUAUUUUCUUUUUCAUCUUUUUCAUUUCAGUCUGGAAAGAGUGUAGAGCCUCUUAAGAUGCCAUCGCCAUCUGUUUUCAAACCUUCAAAAGGAGCCACUGAUGCUAUAAACAAAGAACAUAAAUUCAUGGAGAAAUCCAAGGUUCGUAGGUCGUCUGAACAAUAUUGUAAAUAAGCCACGUUAAAGUGUUUCUAAAGCUAACGUUUUAAGCCCUUACAUUACUAACUCAGUUGAUAAGACCAAAUUAUUUUGUAAUAUUCCGCGCUGACUCGGCACCACAGUUUCUUUUUAGAAAAUUACCCCCUAUAUGAAUUAUAUUUGCUUGCUAGAAUGUCACAAAUGGAUGCUGAUCCACGGUUUAUAGUGAAAUGGGUUAUUGUUGCCUUCAGGUCGUUGCUGAGGUUCAAGUUAGAAGUUUCCCUGGCCCACGAACUACACCAGCUAAGGUAAAUUACCACACAAACUCUCCAAAUAGAAUAUAUAUAUAUAUAUAUAUAUAUAUAUAUAUAUAGAGCACUGUUUUACGAAAGUCCAAAUUUUACAUUAUAUAUAUAUAUAUAUUUAUUAAUGUAUGUAUAGAUAGAUUGAUACCUGACACAUUAUUGAUAAUUCUGAAAGUUCUAUUCCAUUUCUUUAGUUUUGUUUGCCUUGAUUGCUUCCUGUGGAAAGAGAGAUGUCACAGAGAGCUUAAACAAUAAAUAUAAGGGCAUAUAAAAAUGUCUAAUUUUUUAGAAGGGGAAAUAUUAGGGUGCCUUCCGUUGAAAAAAUUAUUUUUGGCCUGGAUCCUGGUAGUGGUGAGGGGUCAUUCAGUGGAGGAGCUGCAACACUUAACUGUCUGCGAAUGAGAGGAUGGCAGUAGUACAAUUGCGGCUGAGCUAAUUUCUGUUUUGUUUCAACCUCAUUGCAGCCCCAACCGACUCGUUCCCCACCUCGUUCUCCGACCCUCUCAAAAGCUGUGGCAGAUGAAUCUCUUUCCGAACAGCACCUCCCUCAAGCAGCUUAUGUGGUCAGUAACAACGUAAUAACGUAGGACCCUCAAUAUCACGGAAUUAGAAAGGAAUUCAGUGCUGAAUUCAUUUUACUGGAUUGUUGUUCUGGUCAAUUACUUAAGACAUCGGUUGGGGUAAUUUGCGAUUAAACACUAUAAGCUAUGAAUGAAAACACAGUGCUGAAUUUUAGUUGAUAAGUCACGGAAAUGACAUGAAAUGAUAAACCUGGAUGCCCUCUGGAAAUUCCUUGCAACAGCAAAGAUCCGUCAGAUCCACAUCCACAUACAAAAAAAAGAGAGAAAAAGAAAGCAUAAACAGAACAAAACAAUAUUACUUUUUUUUUAUUUUGACCUCGCCCUUAGAAAUCCACAAGAGAUGCACUGCUAAACGACUUACGGAAAAACGAAACAGUCACAUCUGGGAAGGAACCUCCCAAUAAACCGCUCCCCGUUGUACCUGACUUUGUAGACAGCCCUCAACAGUCGCCGCGUGCUUCUCCUACUCCGAGAUUUCCGAGAUCUGAUUCUGGAUAUCUUUCACCCCGAUCUUCAACAAAGAGUUCAAAGAGUGGAUCUAGGCCAGUAACUCCACCGGAAAAUUCCCGACCACGGACUCCUGUUGAAAUGGGACCUCCCUCCAAGCCCCUCCCGCCUACCCCAAGAUCAAAAAGCGUAAGCCCCAUUCCAUCGCGAGUGCCCGCUGAGCCUAGAAAAACACGUGACGUCGAAUUGGUUUUCACACAAUCUAUUAAGGUGGACGAGUCAGUUUCAACCGUGGAACUUUUGAAAGAGGCGGCUGCUGCUUUCAAGCUACCUGAAAAUUCAUUUGCACUUUGGUAAGGCAAUUACCGUGUUAACUAAUUUUUUGUCGUGGUCAUAUAGCGUCGGAGAGUCAACCUUGUAUAAACCCAUUUUUUUUUUCCUUUUACAGGUGCAUGAAGGACAACCAGCUCACAGUUCUACAAGAUCAGGAUCUGGAAGAAAUCCUCCGCUCAUCGUCAAACAACAGUCCCCAAGUUUUCUGCUACGAAAACAAACCAGAGUAAAUGAGUUUCGACUCGAAUUUUCAAUAGCGGAGGGGCUUUGAUCGAUACAUGCCUAGUGGAGAGUCCGUUUUAGAAGAACAAGUAAAAACUUUGCGCUGAACUCACUGCCUUGUUUUGAUCUCAUUGAUAUCGAAAUACAGAUCUCGAAACCCUGACUAAACUGGAGAGCUCUUUUUGUUUCUCCCUAUCAUCACAAACGUAAAAAUCCCAUACGCGGCGAGGGUGGAUAAAAUGAUUACGUUGAAUAAGUCUUCGUGAGGCUAAGACUUUACUAAAACCACUCUGUACUUUUUUGCUUGUUUUUUUGGUUUUUUAGUUUUAGGUUUCGUUUGUUUCUUAUUCAAUAAUAAAACACAAAUAAUG